UUCUCUAAUGUCUUUUCCACUGUAAUAUAUCUUGGAUUUGUGCAAAUCUGCUUAGUUUGAAUUAAGUGAAAAAGGAGCUCUAACAUGCACGGACAGAGCGUGUGCAUUCUCUGACAAUGGCAAAAAGGCUUUGCAAUUGCCGUGUCAAUUCCAACCUUGGCUUACUUAUCUUGACUUUACAAAUACACUUGUGGCCACCCACUUACAUUUAAGAAUCUGAUAGAGCUCUUACAAUACUACCCAUUGUAAAUACCCAGUUAAUUUAUACUCACCAGUACAUAUAUCGACCUGUCUAAAUCCUCUAAUCUGCAUGAUUAUGUUUUUCCUCCAGAAUGUCAAACAGCUCAUGAACCCACCAUAUAAAGGCAAGGGCAAUAAUAUACGGUGGAGCAGAAUAUGCAGCCUGAUUUUUGCAGAGUCCUCCAGUCUUGUUGAAUAAUAGUGGGUAGUGAUAAUUCAAAAGAAAAAGACAUCGGAGAUAUUCUGAGUAGAUUAUGCUGAAGGUUUAUUAGUAGAUUUUUUUUUUUGGCAAUGGACAAGGACGAAGGCGGUUCAGUAGAUGCCAACAAUGUUUCCACCUUCUAGUGAAUAUUCAUUGGAUCAACUGCAGUUACUGAAGCCUUCAAAGGCUUCUGAGUCCACGGAGAAUCUAGACAUCAACAAUUCCAUGGGGAACGCUCUUCUUGACAUGUUUAACUUCAAUGCUUCUUGUGGGUCAUCAAAUACUGGAUGUUCAGCUUCUUUAGAAAAGCUGAGCUUUGCAGAUGUGAUGCAGUUUGCAGAUUAUGGACCCAAGUUGAGUUUGAACCAGACCAUGGAUGAUCAAAAUGAGCAAAUAGAAAGAGACCCAGAACAUGCUUUUGAUCCAGUUUUUUUUCUUAAGUUUCCUGUGCUGGCAUCUGAUCAGAAAGCGAUGGAUCAUAAACUAUUGGAUCAUCAUAUUCAUGACCAGAUGGCCCUGGGUACUGAUUCUGAAGGCAAUUAUCAUACAAAUGGUUCUGAUGAGCAUGGAGCACAGGAUCUUCCCACUUCUGAAAACACAUCAAAUUUAAAGCAAGAGCUCAAUCUAUCUACCAAUUCCAACAACACAAUUGAGAAAUUAGGGCAGAAUACUGAUCACCAACAGAUGAUGGUGCCUCUGGAUGGACCUAAAUUGGUGGGAUUUUCAUCUACCAGUUACAGGCCGGAACCUCCUCAGAGCAAGCCUAAAAGGAAAAGAUCUAGGGUUUGCAAAAACAGUGAAGAAGUUGAAAGCCAAAGAAUGACUCAUAUUGCAGUAGAACGCAACAGGAGAAAGCAAAUGAAUGAGCAUUUAAGGGUUUUGAGGUCCCUCAUGCCUGGAUCCUAUGUUCAAAGGGGCGAUCAGGCAUCUAUCAUAGGAGGAGCUAUUGAAUUUGUGAGAGAAUUGGAGCAGCUUUUGCAAUGCUUGGAAUCACAGAAGCGUAGGAGAUUAUAUGCAGAAGCCUCUAAUUCUCUAGGUGCCUGCAGGCCACCUCAGACAGAUGCUCUUGCUGGAUGCCUUCCUAUUCAAUCAUCUUUUCCUGUUUUUCCAAUACAGCCUGACAUUGUGUACGAGCCUCUCAGAGAAGAUCUCGCAGACAAUAAAUCUCCGGUGGCUGACAUUGAGGUUAAGUUAGUUGGGUGUGAUGCCAUGAUCAAAAUAUUAUCUCAGAGAAGACCAGGCCAGCUUCUCAAGACAAUUACAGCUUUAGAAAACCUGCAGUUUAGCAUUUUGCACACUAAUAUUACAACCAUAGAACAGACAGUCCUCUAUUCCUUCAAUGUCAAGGUGGGAGAAGAUUGUAGACUUUCAGCUGAAGAUAUUGCCAAUUCUGUGCAACAAAUAUUCAACAUGAUUCAUGCCACCUGUAUCGGGUACAUCAAAGACUGAUGAGGACAAAAUUGAAGAAAAAAGUCAAUAGUAAGUAUAUCAUCAACAAUGGAAUCAAUUUGAAAUUGUUGCAGAAUCUGGAGUCUAGGCUACCCAUCAUUUACAAGCAUUUUCAGGCCAAUAAUUAGACAGCAUUACUCUUACGUGUACAUUGCCAUUAAUACAUUCAGCAUGAAAUUAUCACGGUCGUCUUUUCAUCUCUGUAAAAGCUCAAUGUAAUUCAAUGGGUGGGGUAACCCUGAUGGUACUCAUAUGAGGGGCAAUACUGCUACCAAAUGUUUAUGAGACCAUACAGAUCAGAGACUGCAUCGUGGCAUUUCAUUGGUUUAUGAAUUUAUGCUGAUUUAUCAUAAAAUAAUGUUCAAUAAAUUAUGUUUUCUUCA